UCAAUGCGGCACAGCGCUCACACGCGCCACGGCAUCCAUGCUGGUUGCGCUCAUAGCGCGGGAAUGUUAUGGACCUCACUCAUGAGAAACCAGGAGUCUGACUGAGGACCACCGAGUGAUGAUCGGACCGCAGAGCAGAUCCCCUCCAUGCGUCCUCUGUGAAAAGCCGUGAUGGACUCUGCACGCGCCGUCCUCCUCCUCCGCUGCCCUAACGCCGCGCGCCUAAGCAGGAGACACUAGGAGCCUCCUGAAGAACCUUAUGAACCAAGAAAUGGAGAACUACGGGCUGAACGACACGGCGUGUGCAGGAGACCCGGUCCUCGGAGUCCUGGACCCGGGCAGCGGAGUCCUAGACUCGACCAACGGCACCUGUGGGAACAGAUCCGGCGUCUCCCCCCCGCAGCGGCAGAGAGGCGAGGACCACACCCUCCGCAUCCUGCUGUACUCGCUGAUCUUCCUGCUGAGCGUGCUGGGGAACCUGCUGAUCAUCGUGGUGCUGGCUGUGAACAAGCGCAUGCGGACGGUCACCAACACCUUCCUGCUGUCGCUGGCGCUCAGCGACCUGAUGAUGGCGCUGUUCUGCAUGCCCUUCAACCUCAUCCCCAGCCUGCUCAAGGACUUCAUCUUCGGAGCCGCCAUGUGCAAGAUCGUGGCCUACCUCAUGGGCACCUCCGUCAGCAUCUCCACCUUCAGCCUGGUCGCCAUAGCGAUCGAGCGCUACAGCGCCAUCUGCAACCCGCUGAAGUCGCGGGUGUGGCAGACGCGCUCACACGCCUACCGCGUCAUCGCCGCCACCUGGCUGCUGGCCUUCGUCGUCAUGACGCCCUACCCCAUCAUCAGCCACCUGGACACCUUCAGGACCCCCGGCAACACCACCGGACACCAGUGCCGCCACAAGUGGCCCCACGCCACGGCCGAGCAGGCCUGGUGCGUCCUGCUGCUGCUGAUGCUGUUUGUGGUACCGGGGCUGGUGAUGAUCGUGGCCUACGGCCUCAUCUCCCGGGAGCUUUACCGCGGCAUCCAGCUGGAGAUGGGCCAGAAGAGAGAGUCCACCGGGGUGAGGAACGGGCUGACUUCCCCUUCCCCCACCUCGGCCGUCGCCCCGGGCAGCGAAGACGGCGACGGGGACGGUUGCUACGUGAACGCGGCCCCGGCGACGACCCCCGCGGCGGCCCCCUUGGAGAUGUCCACCCUGACCCCCCGGGGCCCCGUGGCGCCGCCCCCCCGGGGGCCCCCGGAGCGGCUCCGCUCCAACGCGUCGGGGGCCCAGCUGCGGGCCAAGAAGCGCGUGAUCCGCAUGCUGCUGGUGGUGGUGGCGCUCUUCUUCGUGUGCUGGACGCCGCUGUACGCCGCCAACGCGUGGCGUGCCUUCGCCCCCGCCGCCGCGGGCCGCGCCCUCUCGGGGGCGCCCAUCUCCUUCAUCCAGCUGCUGUGCUCCGCCUCCGCCUGCGUCAACCCCGUCAUCUACUGCUUCAUGAACACGCGCUUCCGCAAGGCGCUGCUCGCCACCUGCUCCUGCUGCGCCGCCGCCUGCCGCCACCGCCGCCGCCGCCGCCAACGCGGGCGCCACGACAACGGGCUGAGGGACAACGAGGAGGAAGCAACCAUGGCAACCGGGGCGUCCAUGGCGUCCAAGUUCAGCUACACCACGGUCAGCACCAUGGGGACCUGCUGA